CUGCUGCCUGGCUUUCAUUUCAGAGUACUCGAUAAAAUAAUCUCAGACAACGAUUUAUACACGAUCUGUAUCGAAGAGAUACAACCGCCGUUUCCACUAGUUGCACCACCAUUUUGAAAGAAACGAAUAAUUCGCUAGUAAUUCGUACCACUAACAAUUGUAUCCGGAUCUAAACCUAGAUCUAUAUGAUUCGAACAUAUCCCAUUAAUUAGAUGCACUUUUAUUAAAGAUGAUGGUAUGGGUGUGGGCAUGUCAGCAGUGGACGACAGGGCCAAUCGAUUGGAAAAGCGUUCCCUUUCAAGCAGAAACGGUUCAUCCGUCCCUCUCCCUCCACGAAAUCAUGCAUGGCAAGGAGAACUGGAAAAGUAAGAACGAAUAUAUAUACAUCUAUCAUUUAUCGUCUUUGUAAUUGACAUCUUCUUAUGUGGAUGUGGUGGGUGUGAGUGUGUGUGUGUGGGUUGUCGGUGUGGGGGGUUCUCUCUCCUUCACCCACACCCCAUUCUUUUUUGAAUUUUGACAAGAAACGUUUAGUUACUGUGAUAGUUGAUGAUGAAGCAGUUGUAGAUUUUGAAUUGUUUUUUAAUGAAACAGAAUUAGAACUUUUUACUAGUUGUACUAAAGGUUGUGGUACAAGAUUUUCCUGUAAUGAAUUUGAUACAUAA